AUGAGCCAAAAUGCCUCGUCCUCGACUCAUGAUCUCGCCCCUCAAGCCUGUAUAGCGUGCAAAAAACGGAAAGGCAGAUGCAACAAGGGGCUCCCUGCCUGCAAUUUCUGUCAAAGCAAAAACCGACCUUGUUAUUAUGCUCAGUAUCUUCCGGCUGUAAGAGAGUGUAGCGCAUCAUACCAGCGAACAAUAUCCUUUCCGCGAACCCUUUACCUAGACCAUGAUGUCUUCGAAAAGUCACCUGUGGAGCUUCCACAUCCUGGAUUCGAGGUUCCCCCUUAUGUGACGACUGAAAUUGGAGACUUCACCCAGCAAAGGCUGCUUGCGUCUCAGUUCUUCAGUAGCAUACAUUUAUGGAUGCCAAUCAUCUCAAAACAGAGAUUUUGGAGUACUCUUUUGAGCUCACCAGCUAUUUACCGAUCUGACACAGCCCUCCUCUGCUUAAGUAUGAGACUACUUAUGUGGCUACCAUCUCCAGACUGUCCAGACUCUCGCCCACCGAUAUACCUUGCAGCCAGACAGUUUCUAUAUAGCGUAGACAUGUCUCAACAUCUAACACUCCCUAUCCUUCAAGCUGCCAUUUUAAUCACAAUUUUUGAGAUUGGCCAUGCGAUAUACCCAGCCGCGCAUACAUCUAUGAGCCUUUGUAUUGAAUACGCGACCGCUAUGGGUUUGGGAUGGAAAUCCGUACGCUGGGGAGACAAUACCCUAUCCUGGGUUGAGAAGGAAGAGAGAAUGAGGGUCUGGUGGGCCAUUGUUAUUUUAGAACGAUAUAUCUCGCUUGGAUGGUCAAAACGUCCCAUUAUAACAGAAGGCCCAAGCGGUGACCAAGUGUUGCCUUCAGACGACUCCGCGUGGGAUGAGGGCGUUCAAUCACCCAAUUAUGCCAUGACUACAUCUACUCCAGUUAGUAUCAAUAUGGGCCCUUUCGCCCGUUUAGCCCAAGCAACACAUUUACUCGAUCGAGUCCUCCAUCACAUAAACGAGCCUACAAGGUCUGAAGAAGAAGCGAUCCAGCUGGACAAGGCCCUUCGCGCUUUGGUAGCAUUUACUGCUAACGAAACCACUCGAAGGAGGAUGAAGCUCUGUUGUCAUACAGCCCUUUGCCAUAGAACAGAACCACAAGAACGAACACAAGCUGCAAUGAAAACGGUUCACAGCGCUCUACAGAAGGUCAACUCAAGAUGGAGAGCAGCAGGCGCAUAUCUAGAUAUUUUGGAAGCUCAUUAA